CGUUGCCGAAAAGGUGCUCGUAUCGCUCAUGAGGCUUCUUGUAUCUUCGUUAUUGUUCUCGUCGACUUUGAUUUCUCUGUACUAUGCCCUAGGACCUAGAAUCUGCCGCUUGUCUAUCGCUCUCUUCCCACCUACUAUAGUUUUGAUUCAUGUCUAGUUGAGACUGCCUCUUCACCUCGGCGAUAUCCCGCCUAACCCCGGACUUCCGGGCCUCGUCCCAUCUAAUCUUAGCUCGGGACAGGUCACGAAGCACCAGUUUACAUAACACUAGCUCCAAAUCACUUCCUCACAACAAAAACCAGUUCAUGUCGUAAUUCCUCCCGCGCCUAACGAGAGUUUUACCUUUUUUUUUUUUUUGGUUUGCGGGGCGGACAAUUCUUUCUCCUUGCAACUUAUGAACCACCAUUCAACGGUUUCACAUCACAAAUUGGACCAUUGUUACAUGGCGGUAUAAGAGACUGUUUCGCGGCAUCCCUGAUAUCAGAACGGGCACCUGGAUGAGCACUCACAACAUGGCGCGCGAUGAGACAAUAGCCGAUGUCGGCACCGACUCGACCGAGUCGACAAGAUUGCUAGCGGACAGAGAUGAAACCAGCAACAGCGAAAGACGACAAGAUGAAGGAGAGGCCUGGGUGGGUUACGCAGACUUUGAGGGUUUGCCUUGGUGGAGGAGACCGACAGUUUGGUUCCUCUUGGUACCAUAUGCGCUUUUUACCCUGGCAUUUGGAGGGACGGUGGUGCCAAAGCUGAAUUUGAUUCUCGAGCUGGUAUGCAAACGCUACUUUGCCGACCGCUCCGCCCGCGACCCAGAUUUCACCUUCACUCCGGUUGUUCCUGGCGAAGACAACGACCAAUGCUUCAUCCCUGAAGUUCAGCGGUCUGUCGCAACCUUUAUGAUGGUUCUCAAUGUUUUGACUGGAUUACUCAGCGCCUUGACGGCGCCGAAGUUGGGGUCGUUGUCGGAUCGUUAUGGCAGGAAACUCAUGCUGACGGUUUGCGCGCUGGGUGGGAUCAUGAAUGAGAUUAUUACCAUCCUGGCGGCCAAGUUCCCGGAAACGAUUCAUUACAACUGGCUGAUCUUGGGCGCGUUGUUUGAUGGGCUUACGGGGUCUUUUACGGCGGGCAGUGUGCUGAUUCAUUCGUACACGAGCGACUGCACGCCCCCUUCGAAGCGCGGUGUGGCGAUAGGGUACCUACACUCGUGCUUAUUCAUGGGGCUGGCGUUCGGACCGCUGUUGGCGGGGUAUUUCGCUGAGUGGACGGGGUCGCUGUUGUCGAUCUUUUAUGUGACGCUGGGAUGUCAUAUUUUCUGGGUGUUUUCCAUGUUGUUUAUCACCCCAGAAUCGCUGUCAAAGAAGAGACAAUUGCUGGCGAGGGAGAAGUACGAGAUUGAAAAGGCCGCGAGACGGCCACCGACUGUUGCGACAAGGGUUGGGGAGUUCGGGAUGAGGGCGAUGCUUGGACAGCAGAUCAAUGGGGUUGUGUACAUGAUGAAGAGCCAGAACCCGUUUGCGCCACUCAAGAUUCUGUUUCCCAAGGGAGCGCACAAUGCGAGGUUGAGGAGGAAUUUCUUGAUCCUGGCGUUUUUGGACAUGGUGCUGCUCGGGGCUGCCAUGAGUGGCGGGACGGUUAUAAUAUUGUACACCGAGUACAUGUUUGGAUGGCGCAACUUGGAGAGUUCGAGGUUUGUCUCGCUUGUGUCGAUGGUCAGGGUUGUGGUUUUGCUUGGUAUUUUCCCGGUUAUCAACUAUGUGUUCCGGACGAGAAAGGCUGCUCGCUUGAGGCGGGAAUCGACUGCGCCGAUUGUGGAGAAGAAUAACGGGGCGGACGAGUUCGAUAUCUGGAUUUUGAGAAGCGCGAUUCUGUCGGACGUGGUGGGAGUGAUCGGGUAUGCUGUUGUCCGGGAUCCAGCGAUUUUUGUUGGAUGCGCCAUCAUCACGGCGUUUGGUGGCCUCGGUUCAGCUACUAUUCAAGCUGCACUCAGCAAACAUGUGCCCGCUGAGCGUGUUGGUCAGCUUCUUGGAGGCAUAGGAUUGCUUCACUCGCUGGCGAGAAUUGGUGCGCCGGUUCUGUUUAACGGGAUCUAUGCCGCAACGGUGUCGUCGUAUCCGCAGGCGUUCUUUGUGGUGCUGGCUGGGCUGUUCAGUGCUACGUUUAUCGCAUCGCUUAUGCUGAAACCUGGAGUGUACAUGACCGAGGAUGAUGCUGAGCCAGUCGAGAUUGUGGCUACCCCUGGUGAGCGGGAUGCGCUGGAGGAUGAUGAGCUCCUUCCGAGAGUCUCUUGA